CUGUUUUAGCUCUAAAGGGACCGUACAUUAUUUACCUAUAUGCCUGUAUGUAUUACCUUGGUUGAACUUAUCUUUGGGCCAUAUUAGGUAAUGCUUCGUGGGGCAUUUGCAAAUAGACUUUGUUAUCAUCCACUUAGAAGGUGAUAAGCCAUCUUGAUCUGAUUUGCGACCUACGGUUUCCAAGCGAAUAUACUGCUAACCAGCAGACAAAAUGCAAGCAACGCCGUCCGAAAGGAGGCAAGGAAACACGCAGCUGAUCCGGCAGUAUCGAUCGAGAAAGCAGAAGCCCUGCGACUAUUGUCGUCAGAGGAAAGCGCGUUGCGUCCGUGACAUCGUAGGUGACUGCGUGCUUUGCAGGAAGCGCGGCGUCCGCUGCACUUUCGUCUCGAACCCUCUAGUACGACAUCAUGUAUCACGUUCGGUCGAAGCAGUGGAUUCGCUCGACAGCAAUUCUGACACUGCUCAGAAGUUGGAAUUAGGCCCUUUAUCACCUGGCAGUGCUGUUGCUGCAAGUAUGGCGAGAAGUCAAAGCGGAUGUGAGGGCUCAAUCGAAGCAGCUCAAUAUGUUGGACUAAGUGGAGAUUGGGAUCCAUUUAUCCUUGCAAAUAAUCAGUGCCGGCUGAUAAAGAAUCGUGAUGGCAUUGAAUGGUGCUCGCGGGAAAUUGGCCACGACCCUAUUAUGCCAAUUUAUUUCACUUCGCUCCGAAAUCUGCGUCCGACUGCUGAUCCUCCUGACGACCUUUGGAGGUGCGUCGAAGAAACUGUCCGGGUGACGAGAGAAGCUCUAAUAGCUGCAUUCUUUGACUGUGUCCAUGCCGCCUUUCCGCUACUAGACCGCGACCAUUGCCUGUCCCACGACUUAAACCCCUCUCUUAGAGUGUCUAUGUACUUGCUAGGGCAUCCCUAUUGUCCUGAUGCUCGGGAAAUUAGUUCGAAAAUUUUGAUGGACUCAUAUAUUCAAACGCGUCACCUAGUUACCCAGAAACCUCAGUUAGAGACCAUAGAAGCAGCAAUCCUCUUUUCCCAAAGACAAAACUACAUGAGCAGCGGCCCAAAUUUAUCCGGUCUGUGGCCAGAAGUCGGAAGCCUUGUUGGUCUAAGCCAAGAACUUGGUCUAAACGUUGACCCUUCAAAUUGGAAUAUCCCAAACCCUGAAAAGCGACGAAGGAAGCGAUUAUGGUGGGCGAUUUAUAUCAUUGAUAAGUGGUCAGCGAUGACCCUUGGCCGACCAAGUCAUAUCGACGAAGACCAAUGCAACGUCUCUAUGCUGUCGAUAUCAGACUUUCCGGCGCCGGAUGCUACUUCCUUGGUAGAUGAAGGUGCAAGUCUUACACAGCCGAUAGGGGUUGACUGCUUCAUCGCAAUGACUACGCUCUCCGUUAUCCUCUCCGAUUUACUGAAGACGCUAUAUACCAUAAAAGCCGUCGAGUUCUUGAGGGAGAAACCAGCAGAGCUAAUCCUCAGUAUAGCGGAGCCUAUUAGUACUGCUCUUUUUGAUUGGCGGACAACGUUUCUCGAACCCCUGCUGAAACGAAAUUCAUUUCCGGACGUCACAGGAUCUCUAGAACUAGCGUAUUACACUGUUGAGGUCAUGCUUUGUCGAGCAGUCUAUCCGAAGCUAUACCGAAGAAUGUUCUCGACCUCGUCCUUUUUGGACCGCGCGGCCGAUAUCACGUCGAGAGUUAGUACCCUCGUGGAAAAUCUUUCCUUGAGUAGAGCAAACGUGUUCUGGUGGUCUUUUUCUUCACUCAAUCUCACCAUUUGUGGAACUUUCAUGGUCAGCAUGAUACGCUUGUCACCGGAUAGAGAACAUAUAGACUUCUGGAAGAAAAGUGUCUCUCAUUACCGAAAAGUUCUGCAAGCGCAUAGUGGAAGUUUCCGCAGCGCGAAAUCCGCAUAUGCAAGACUGGAAGUUAUCCUAGAAGGAGUGAAUUUCGACAGGUCUCAGUCCGAUAACCUCCAUCCUAACCUCGAUCAGUUCGAUACCACUCGUACUAACAUCGGUGAGACCUGCGAAACUGAUGUAGAUGUGUUGGAGAAGUCAGGCCUCGACAUGCCCUCUCCGGACUCCACAGCGGGUAACAGACUGCUCCUUGAUAGGAUGGUAUACGAUAUAAACAUCGACAUGGACUGGCUCUCCGAUAACAAUCCAAUUUGGCCAUUAACUUUCUAGCUGUUCUGGGAUAUCAAGUGAUGUGGCCAAGGAUCACACCCCACAAACAACGGACUCCAAACGAAAGACUCCAUGGGAGGCAUCUCCCUCUGACCCAUAUAUGCAUUGGCUACCUAAGCUAGUAAUAUCGUUCAUGUCUUGCCAAAAAAAGGCUGAGAAACACAUUCUGUACAGGAUAUUUCAAUCUGUUUCAUCUCUUUAACAACUCCCAUUUCCUUGUAUUUAGCUGAUAUAGCUUUAGCCCUACAAAGGCUCAUUCCUAGAAUACCAAUUUGGAGGAAGCGAUAGUUGUGGAC